AUGAAUAAUAAAGAGAUCAGAAUAGGUGCAUUAUUAGUAUUGGAUACUAUAUUCUUUCUUUUGGAAGCAAUAAUAGGUUAUACAGUUCAAUCAUUAGCAUUAAUAGCAGAUUCAUUUCAUAUGUUAAAUGAUAUAAUAUCAUUAAUUAUUGCAUUAUGGGCUGUUAAAGUUAAAAAUUUGAAACCUGCUGAUGGGAAAUAUACUUAUGGAUGGCAAAGAGCUGAAAUUUUAGGAGCAUUAAUUAAUGCUGUUUUUUUAAUUGCUUUAUGUUUUACUAUUAUAAUGGAUGCAAUUCAAAGAUUUUUCCUGCCUACUGAAAUUACAAAUCCCAAAUUAAUUUUAGUUGUUGGAAUUGCAGGAUUAAUAAGUAAUGGAAUUGGAUUAGUAUUAUUUCAUGAACAUGGACAUUCUCAUUCUCAUGGUGGAUCUACACAAAAUCAAGGACAUUCACAUUCUCAUAUUAGCGAUGAAGCAAAUAUUGGAUUGAAUGGAGUAGUAGAAGAAGAAGAUAAUGAACAAACUCCAUUAAUUAAAAACGAUAGUACUUUAAGAUCAAGUCCUUCUGAAGUAUUUGAUUAUUUCCCAGAUAAUGUAGUUGAAAGAUAUAAUUCAGCAUCAACACCCACAACCACAACAGAACAUUCACAUUCUCACGACUCAAAAACAACAUCAACAACAAUCACAACCACCACCAAGAAAAGAAAAUCAAUGAAUAUGGAAGGUGUAUUUUUACAUGUUAUGGGAGAUGCUUUGGGAAAUAUUGGAGUUAUUAUAACAGCGUUAAUAAUAUGGAAAACUGAUUUUUCAUGGAAAUAUUAUGCUGAUCCUGUAACAUCAUUAAUUAUUACUAUAAUAAUUUUUAAUUCAGCAUUACCAUUAUGUUUAAAAUCUUCCAAAAUAUUAUUACAAGCAACUCCACCAUAUAUAAAUUCAGAUGAAAUAGUUAAAGAAAUUAAAGAUUUACCAUUAGUUAAAAAUAUUCAUGAUUUUCAUGUAUGGAAUUUAAAUGAGGAUAUAUUAAUUGCAUCAUUACAUAUAGAAUUAACAUCAAAUUGUGAGAUAAAUUUACCAUCACAAACACCACAACAGCAAAAUGAAUCUAAUGAUAGUGUUGAUUCUACUGAUGACUCAAAUAUGCAAAUAGAUCGAAAAUUAUUUUUAAUUGUUGUAUCUCAAGUUCGUGAUAUUUUACAUAAAUAUGGGGUUCAUUCAGUUACUAUUCAACCUGAAUUUCCAAGUUAUAAAAAAUCAGAAUUGAAAACUCAAAAGAAAAAUAAUAAUAAAAAACAUAAUAAUAAUAAUGAAGAAAAUACUUUUGGUAAUACUACGAAAUCUUUUUGUUUAGUUGAUGGUUUUACAAAUUGUGAUUCUGAAAGUUGUCAUUAA